AUGAAGGCCCUUUUGGGUGUAAAUAUCUUCUCAAAGCAUUUUUAUGUUUGCAAAUAAUUUUUCAUAAUUUUUUCAUUCUCAUAAUAUUGAAUUCUAAUCAUGGAUAUAACUGCUUUGAAGCUUUUUGAACAUGUACCAACAUUAAAUGACAACAAUUGGCCAAUUUGGAAAUGGAAAGUAGAAUUGGCAUUACGACAUAUGGAAAUGUGGCCAUUAGUAAGUGAUGAAGAUUCAUCACAAUCAACUGGACAGCCAAAUGAUGAUAUUAAAAUUUGUUCAUUAAUUGGUCUUUGGGUUGAAGAUUCAUUGGUACCAUUGAUUAGAGAUUGUAAAACUUCGUAUCAAAUGUGGACAAAAUUGAGUGAACACUUUGAAAUUGGAUCACUGCCAGUUACUAGUACAGAAUCAUCAUCAAUUCCAAAUGAAAAUUCGAAAUCCAAAAGCGCUAAAAAGAAAGAGCUAAAGUGUGAUUUCUGUCAGAAUGAUGGUCAUAGUGAAAAUAAAUGCUGGAGAAAAAAACGAAUCACUAACUCAUUAAAAAAAUAUCAUCCCAUUAUUUGAU